CAGCGCUUGCAGUGUAAACACGAAGCAAUUAAAAAGCGAAACAUAAUUAAAACCAUUAAAAAAAAAAAUAAAAAAUUUUCAACAAUAAGGCAGCAUUAAACUUGUUCAAGUAAAGUAGUUCGUGUUAAAUGUGAAAUUAAAUAAAAAAUUUAAAAGAGUUUGGAAAAGUGAAAACAUGAAAAGUAAGGCAAAAUGUGUGUGAAGAGCUAAGAAAGCACAAAAAAGUUUAGAAAUCUUAAACAAGCAAGCACAGAGCAAAAAAAAAAAUUAUUUAAAACAAACAAAUUUAUAAAGUGCAAAAAUCCAAACAUUGCCCCUUUUCACAUUGUCUCUGGGGGCAGGCAAGAUCAACAUUAAAAUGGAUGUUAAAGACAUCAAGGGCGCCAAGGUCACCCAUGCUGGGUUGCUGAAGCAUAAUGCCGAUGGUACAACUGAAACGCAAAAGAUCACACAUGCAGGUCUGGUGGCACGUAGCCCAGAAGGUACGGCCGCCAAGGGCAUGAACAUACGCGGCAACGAGGACUUAUGGGUUGAAAUCCAAGCGAACACUUUUCGCAAUUGGGUGAAUGAGCAUUUGCGAGAAACUGGCAUGCAGGUACACGAUUGGGCAACAGACUUCUGCGAUGGCACUUGCCUAUGUGCGCUAGUGGAGAAUCUCCAAACUCGUCCACUUAAGCCAUCAUGGAAUCGACGGCCAGCGAAUCAACAUCACUAUUUAGAAAAUGCGACAACUGCCUUAAACGCUGUCGAGGCUGACCACAUAAAGCUCGUCAACAUUGGCAAUGUGGACAUAGUCAACGGCAAUGUGAAACUUAUUUUGGGCCUAAUUUGGUCACUGAUUGUGCGCUACCAAAUUGGCCGUAGUAAAUUUCCGCCACGAAAGCUUAUGUUGGCUUGGCUACAAGCUGCCUUACCUGAUUGCAAAAUCACAAAUUUAACUACCGAUUGGAACAGUGGAGUUAAUUUGUCAGCUUUGUUGGACUAUUGUCAACCUGGCCUCUUUCCACACUGGCGCUCACUUGAUCCUAGUCAAAGUGUCAGAAACUGCACGAAUGCCAUGAACAUUGCACAACGCGAAUUCGGUGUGCCAAAAGUGUUGGAACCAGAAUAUUUGGCUUCUCCAUGGUUGGAUGAGUUAUCUGGUAUGACAUAUUUAUCCUACUUUAUGAAACCUGGUGGUCCAGGCUACAAUGCCACAAUGCGUUGGGUUAACACUCAAAUUAAAGAACCUGUCAAAAAUUUCACUACCGAUUGGAAUGAUGGACGUGUUUUCUGUGAAGUUAUAAAAGGUUUAGGUGGACCUGCUCCAGCUCCUGAGAAACUCAGCACAGAUCCAUUUCAUUUUGAAAACAACAUUCGCAAAGCCGUGGAAGCUGGUGCCAAACUGGGUGUGCAGCCCAUUCUAACUGCCAAAGAUAUGGCGAAUCCAGAAGUCGAGCACUUGGGUAUUAUGGCUUAUGCAGCGCAUCUUCAGUGGGUACCACCAAGGCCACCGCUGUCCGAUUUAGUUAAUGUCUAUAUGGAGAGUAAUUCCGGAAGAGUAGGCGAACCGACCCAUUUUCGUAUUGACGUGAUGUCGCGCGAAGUCAGCCUGAGCCAAGUAAGGGCAGUGAUUAUGCCACCCACUGGUCAUCCACAGCCAGUCCGCCUGAAUGCUCACGGCGAGGGUGUCUACAUACCUGACAAAUAUGGCAUGCAUGAAAUCGUUGUCGAAAUUGGCGAGGACAGUCUCGGUGGACAUUUCUUCCGCGUGCUACCACGCUUUAUACAAGUAGCAGCGCCCGGCAUGGCCCCCUGUGCACUUGGCAGUCUAGUUGAAGUGCUCGUCAAUGCUACUGGUGCACCAAAGACGGAAGAUAUACUUGUCACUGCAGUCUCUCCGACAGGAAUUUCACACAAUUGUCCACUGAAGAAAGUGGAGGAAGGGCACAGCGCUAUAUUUAAGCCAGACGAAGCGGGAAUUUGGGAGAUUGCCAUUACAUAUCAAGGACGGCACAUACAAGGUGGUCCCUUUACAUGCGCUGUGUUCGAUGCAACAGGAGUUAGUGUGCAUGGUCUCGAUGGAGCACAAGCUCUGCGUGCACACUCUUUCGAAGUAGAUGCACGCGGUGUCGGCGUUACUGGUGAGUUGCACGUUGACAUUGUACACGACAAGCGUUCGUUGGUUUGCUCAAUUGAAAAGAUUGUGGAAAACAAAUUCCGCGUGACUUUCAUGCCACGACAAAAUGGCAAAUAUCGUGUUUACGUGUACUUUAACGGCUACGAUGUGAAAGGUUCGCCAUUCAUCAUGCGAGUGGGCACUAAGGGACGUUCGGGCAAGACGCGCAGCAGUCCUUUGCAUGACAACAAACACCGGUCAGAAAGUCCCUCAAUGCAUUACACAUCGACAACCAGUACACGGCACAAUGACUACCGUAAUUCCUCGUUGUCACGUAGGGAUUUGCUUAAUUCUCACAACACACCCGAACGACAGAGGUCUUAUUCACCGCAGUAUUCACCGAAGCUGGAUUCGAGCGACUAUCGUACAAGCUCAAGUUAUUAUAAACGCGAAAGUGAAGAACGAUUGGCUACAUCCCCUCCACCACCUCCGGCGCCACAACCACCACAACGUGAACAAUACAGUCCAACCACAAAGUACAUUAACUCCACGGACCUGUACACGGUAAAUGCACGGCGUGACUCUAAAGCUUCAACCUCUUCUUCCACCAAAAACGAUUACUACUAUGACAAAGAGAAUGAACUUUACAACCAGAAACGCACGAAUAGAAAUUUAAAAUUGGCACCACCACGCGAGAGUCGCGAAGAGUUUUACGAUCAGCAGCAAACGGCGAGAGCAACCGCAACGUACACCGCCAAGUUGAGCCCCAUUCCUAGUCCCACACACAAUAUACGUUCAAGCGAAGUGCGCACACACAGUCCACUCACAGUAAAAACCUCGAACCAAUACGAGACAGCCACACGCAAUCUGAGCGUAAGCCCACGGCAUAUGACGCCAUCGCCUGUUCAACGCUAUUCACCCAACAAUGCUUACAUCACAACAGCAACACAUCGCAUUGGCAGUCCAGUAUCUACACUCAAUAAGAAUGGCAUCAAUCGCUCUGAAUACGAAACUUCACGUAUUGAAAAAUCUUCAACCUACAAGUCUUCCUCCAACUUCGUUACCGAUUCCAAUGUACGCGCAAGUCCAUCGCUUUACGGCACUACAGAACGCAUACGCCGUACAGCUUCACCAGAGCCACGCAUCGAUCAUUCGUCCAAUGUGCGAGUUUCUUCGAUCAAACCCACAUCAGCGCGUCGUGACAGUUGGGAUGUCAUCAACAAAACGAAGCACAUGCUAUCCCAUAACUCACUGGAGUCCUUAGCUAACAUGACGGAAACACAGCUGAACACUGAUUUGUCAUAUAAUCGUCCCGACAUCGACAAUGAAACGCAACGAAACACACAAUAUAAUAAGUUUGCCUUACAAGAGAAGAAAUACCAUUCCGAUCGUGAUCGCCAUGGAAGCAUCGAUGAUGUCGAUCGUUAUAAACCAAGUGCCAUUACCGUCAAGUCACAUUCGAAUAAUACUUACACGGAUAAGUCAGGCGGCUACACGAAGACGGUUAAGGAAUCGAGUCAACAUGUGGUCACGGAACGCACACACACUGACAAUGGCGGCUUGAGCGGUCAAUACGGCUACAGCUCAUUGUCGCGUUUUCGUCCUAUAGACAACAAUGCCACUGGUGCCAAAGCAAUACGUGUACAAGACAUACCGAAUGGUGCCAUUGGACGUCCCGUGGAAUUUGAGAUCGACGGUUCAAAAGCAGGUUCGGGCAAUUUAGAAAUUCUAGUUAACGGAGGACGUGUGACUUCUUCUGUGCGUUCAUUGGGCGGACAACGCUUCAUUGCGAGCUUCACCCCUCACGAACCGGGUACGCAUUCUGUACAAAUUACGUUCAAUGGGGAAACUGUACCAGGUUCACCUUGGCACGUUGAAAUAAUGUCUUCUCCCGGUUUAACAGCACUUGGCGAAUCAACACGCCUCGUACCAGCAAAUACACCGGCGGUUUUUGAGAUACUGCCGCCUCCUGGACAAAGCCUGAGUAAAGGCGAGUGCGUGGCAACAGUUUUGACACCAAACAAAUCAAAACUGAAUGCCAGAGUCACCCAUGAGGCGGCAAAUGGUGCUGCACGCAUUGAGUUUGUACCCACUGAAGUGGGUACGCACAUCAUUGAAGCAUCGAUUAAUGGCACAAAAAUAGCUGGCGGACCUUUGAUAGCAAAGGUAUACGAUGCCAGUCUAAUACAGGUUACAGAUGUCAAUGGCGGAAUUGUCGGACAACCUUGCCAAUUUCGUGUAGAUGCUAGUGCAGCUGGAGAAGGUCAACUUGAAAUAUCAAUAAAUGAAGGCGAAGUACCAAACCAUGUACAAGUCGUUGGUGGCGGUCGUUGUUUGGUCUCCUUUACACCAGAACAAGCAAAAUCACAUUUAAUUGACAUUAAAUUUAAUGGUGAAACAGUACGUGGUUGUCCAUUUGUUUGUGCAGUGGCAGACACUUCGCGUGUUAUGCUAAACUUAUCAAACUUGGAACUGGUACCUGUCAAUCGGCCUGCUUCCUUUCAUAUAACUGUGAGUGGAGGUGGUGCCGCUGAGUUGGCAGUCAGUGUGCGUGGGCCACAUGGUGAAUUACCGGUGCGUGUAACAGGAGAUAUACACGCUGGUUUCACAGCUGAGUUUACACCCGUUACAGUUGGUGGUCACUCCAUUAAUGUCGAAUACAAUGGUUUUCCCGUACAAGGUACACCAUUCUUAGCAAAAUCUUACGAUGCAACAAAAGUAGUUGUGGGUAGCGUAUCGCGUGGUACAGUCGGGAGACCAGUGCAAUUUACAGUCGAUGCCGGUGAUGCUGGUGAAGGAAAUUUGGAAAUAACAAUUUCGGCGAAAGGACAAAACAUCCCAACGCAAGUUCAUCCGCAAGGCAGUGCAAGAUUCUCCGUUUCUUUCGUACCAACUGAAGCUUGUGAACACACAAUUAAUGUCUCCUUUAACAAAAUGCCCGUACCUGGUUGUCCUAUCACAAUCAAUAUUAGCGGUGGCAUGUCCGGUCCUCAAGUUUCACUUGGCGGCCCCGGACCUGUUCACCAAGCAAACUCUUUUGUCAUCAAUCACAGCGGCGGCCGUUUGGAAGAUAUUGAAGUGAACGUUGAAGGACCCGCUGGCCAAAUUGUACCAGCGCAAGUUCAUCAGACAUCGGACGGCAUCUUCAAAGCAGAGUUUGUACCAAGAGUAGUGGGUGAGCAUCGUGUCAAUGUGAACGUGAACAGUCUACCUACAGCCGGUAGCCCCUAUGCGGCAAAGGUUUAUGAUGUGAACGCCAUAAAAGUUAAGAAUGUGAGCAACGGCACAGUUGGUAAGCCUGUGACAUUUCUAGUUGAGACCUCACAAGCUGGACCAGGCAAUCUCGAAGUCACUGUAAAUGGUGGACGUGUACCAACUUCAGCGCAAGCACAGGGUCAGCAUACAUAUGCCAUAAGCUUCACACCACGCGAUGCACAAAAUCAUACGGUCGAGUUACGUUUCAAUGGUCAAGAUGUACCUGGUUCACCAUUUACCUGUCGUGUAUCAGCUGCUGCGCGUAUACAAUCACCAGAUACAAUGGAUAAAGUUAGCGUUGGACGUCUGUUUGAAUUUGUUGUGGAAUCAGAUGCAGAACCUUUAGUGGAAGUGCUUGGUCCAGCGAGACGUAGUGUACCAGUAAAAAUUGAUCCACUUCAGCCCAUCGGUUAUACAAUAAAAUUUGAACCAAUCGAAGUUGGUGAUCACUCAGUUGAGGUGCGCUUACCAGGUGCUGGCCAUGUAGAAGGCAGUCCAUUUUUACUUAAAGCAUAUUCCGCUGAAAAAGUUAUUGUUACUGACAUACGUCCGGGUCUAGUAGGCAAGAGCGUAAGCUUUGGCAUUAAUGCGAGUCAAGCUGGUGCUGGCAAUUUGGAAAUAAUUGUUGCCGUCAACGGAAAGAAUGUUCCAAAUUUUGUGCAAUCUGAGGGCAAUGCACGUUUCAAAGUUAAUUUUAAGCCAACCGAAGCAGCCGCUCACUCACUUUCAGUUCGUUUCAAUGGUCAUCCAGUUCCUGGUUCACCAUUUACAUGUCAUAUAUCAGCAGCACCUAUUUCUCUACCACGCGCCAUAGCAACAGGUGAAGUUCUGAAGCAAGCUGCUGUGAAAAUAGAAAAUUCAUUCGAGUUGGAAGGAUUUGAAGAUGUCGAACCACAAAUUUUUGUCACUUCCCCUUCAGGCGAAACUGUACCCUGUCUAACAAGUGGUCAAGAUGGUAACUACACGGCGACAUUCUGUCCAAAUGUUGUUGGACGGCAUUUAAUAAGCGUCACUGCAAACGAUCAGCAUAUAAAUGGUUCGCCAUUCUCAUGUAAUGUGUUCGAUGUAUCUCGGGUGGCGAUAAGCGGGCUAGAUCAGCAAUAUGGACCAGCGGCUCUGGGUAUACCAGUAACUUUUAGCGUUGACGCUGCAGGUGCUGGGGAAGGAACAUUAGAACUUGUCGUUUCUACAGAUACCAGUACUGUUAAAGCAGAAGUUGUGGCAUGUGCGCGUGGCUUAUAUGAUGUUACAUUUCUACCGCAGACUACUGAAACACAUUAUGUCAAUAUUACAUUCAAUGAAGUGCCAGUCGAUGGUAGUCCCUUCCGUGUUGAAAUACAGCAAACAACACAAACCAUACAAAUUGGUAGUUUAGCCUGUAUUGAUUUUCCCACUGAUGACCAAAUCGCUGAAAUUGUUGGGCCCGAUAAUAAGCCCGUACCAUAUACCAUUACCAGGCAAACCGCUGAAUUCCGCACACAUAUGACUGGGAACUAUCUUAUUAGAUUUAUUGAUCGAGAAACCCGUCAGCAUAUGGGCACUCGCACACUUACCGUCUUUGAUCCUUCACUUGUCAAAAUAACAGAAGUCGGCGAAGCACUUUGUCACCGUCCAGCUAGUAUAUCUCUAUCGCUUAACGAAGCUGGUCAAGGAGAAUUGUCGGCGUUAGUAAAAUGUGGUGGUACUGAGGUUCCACAUUCCAUACGUGGUCCUACGAAGUUGGGAGCGUACGAAAUUGUGUAUCACCCAACACGUGUCGCCCCACACAAAAUAACGAUUCUUUUCAAUGACGUUCCAAUAUCACUUAAACCGCUAGAAAUCAAUGUGCUCCCAGCAGGUGCUGGCAAAGAAAUCAGCGUAAGUGGCUUGGGGCUCUAUCAAGCGCGUGCCGGCAAAACGACCUCAUUUGCAAUCGAUACAAUCAAACGUCCUGCUAGAGAAUUUGAUGUAGUUGUUUCCGGACCUGGUGGUCAAGCACUUCCCGUUCGUUGCUAUCAAACUAAGAGCGGUCAUCUGCAAGCAGAGUUCACGAUUAAUAAACCUGGACAAUGUGUAAUAGAGGUACUACAUCAAUCCAAACCUUUACCUGGUAGUCCAUUUACAUGUGAAUCAUUCGAUUCAAGUAGAGUUCACGUUCAAAGUGUGCCAAAAGGUCAACUUGCUCUUCAUAGUCCAAUCAGUUUUACAGUGCGAACCGAAAAUGCUGGCAUUGCGGAGCUGGAGGCAUUUGCAGUUUCACCCACAAAUCAGAAUUUACCCGUCCACAUAACUGAACAGUCAGAUGGCAUUUACAGUAUUGAGUUUGUGCCUUCUCAGCCGGGUAAUUACAAACUUACACUCAUGUAUGGUGGAGAAACAUUACAAGGCUCACCAUUCACUUUCACGGCUUCUGCUACCGGUGUUAAGAAUGAUACGCGUGCUGCUGGAAAUGGCUUAGAAGUAUGUCAUCGCAACAAAGAAACUUCGUUUAUUGUCUACUGUCCUAUUGCUCCAAAUGUGCAAAUAGAACAAGUGGACGAAUUUGGUGAACGUAUUGAACCGAAGAUAAAAGCACUUGGCAACAAUGAGUGGCGUAUAUCUUACACAAUCCUCUCCGUUGGUCGCUAUGAAAUUCGUGCGAGCUGUCCGAAUCGUGGAAAUCUUCCCGGUUCACCAUGGCAUAUUUCAUGUGUGGAGGCUUCUAAAGUAACUCCCAUUGGUGGCUGGGGCACUUUACUGGACCAUGAGGGUCGUCUAAUACUGCCGGCACGAAUUGUUUUCGAUGUUGAAAAUGCUGGUCCAGGUGAAUUGGUGUGUACGAUUGACGGCAUUGAAAUUCCUGUUGAUAAGCUUAGCGAUGGCAAGAUGCGUGUUUAUGUAUCGGCCGAUAGUUUAGCAGCUGGAGAACAUGAUUUAGACUUAACAUGGAGUGGCCUUACAAUAGUACAGUGCCCGCGUAGUGCUUAUGUUACCGGCCAACAAGCUGCAGAUAAAGUUGUACUGACUGGUAGAGGAUUAGCAGCUGCACAAGCUGGUGAAGCAGCGCAUUUCACAAUUGAUGCGACGAGUGCACCUGCUGGUCGCCCGGAAGUUAUACUUAUUCACCAAGACAAUACAUCUGUGCCAGUUAGCUUGGCUCAACCACGUCCAACGGAAAAUAUUUGGUUGGCUUCUUAUACGCCACAAAAGUCUUCAUCUGGUUCACUUACUUUAACAGUUAAAUGGAAUGGGCGUGUGGUUAAAGGUUGUCCACUUACAGUGGCUGUCGGUUCUUCUAUGGAUGCUUCCAAAGUAAUUUGCUCUGGUGAAGGUUUACGACAUGGCAUUGUCGGAAAAGAUAUAAAAUCAUGGAUUGACACAAGACGCGCUGGUCCAGGUGAACUAACUGCGCAUUGUGCAGGUCCACGAAAAGUUGCUUAUUGCGAAUUGUAUGACCAUGGCGAUGCUACAUUUACUCUAAAUAUCAAACCACAAGAACCAGGUCGUCAUAUGCUAACUAUAAAAUAUGGUGGACAAAAUGUACCAGGCUCGCCAUUUGCUAUAAAAGUCGCCGGUGCUCCCGAUGCAAGCAAGGUAAGAGUUUAUGGACCUGGUAUUGAACAUGGUGUUUUAGCAACAUUUCAAUCGCGUUUCAUAUGUGACACCCGCGGUGCUGGUGCAGGUCAACUAACGGUGCGAGUACGCGGUCCCAAAGGUGCAUUCCGAGUUGAAAUGCAAAGAGAAAGUCAAAAGGAUCGCACAAUUCUCUGCAAAUACGACCCAACGGAGCCUGGUGACUAUCGUGUCGAAGUGAAGUGGGCUGGUGAAUUUGUACCUGGUUCACCAUUUCCUGUUAUGAUUUUUGAUACAGAAGAAGAAUUACGAAGGUACCUGCAGGGCAUAUGAGGCCAAAGCAGCGUCAGCACCAUUAUUCUACCAAGUCCUGCACUGAACCACCUAGCCCACCAUCAACAACAACAGCCAACAUUUCCACCUAUUCAUAUGCAUCAACCGCAACUGCGGGUAUCCCCUUUGUUUGGUAGCCAAAUACUGAACCAGCACUACAUCAGCAAUCCCGAUUUCAUUUACGAAGUCGGCUCUCGUACCUGCCUCAGCCGGCGUUGCAGACAUGACGCCUCAUGUACCCUGCUCUGACAUCUGCCGAUUUAAAGAGAAUAUUGAGUUCGUUUUAUUCCAAAGCCGCGUGCACUCCGACGCCUAUGGACAUUUUUAAGACUAACAACUCCAAAACGAUGAAAGCACAACGAAGCGCGCCUUUUGAAUGCAAUGCACCUUAAAUUUUAGGCGAUUUAUUGAGAAUAAAUGCAAUUAUUUAUCGUGUUAUUAAUUUUAGUUACUCUUACGGAAGCAUCAUUAUUAAUCAAAUAUGUAUUUAUGUACGCAACUGCUAUAUACAAAUUAUGUAGAAAUAAUAUUUUAAGCAAUCGAUUGAAUUAUACAAAACACAAUGCGAAUUAUUUAAAUAUUUACAAAAUCUUUAUUAGAAAUAAAAGUUAUUUUAUUG